UAACGUGACAUCCGCGGCUCGGGGUUUAUAAACCUAACCCGGGGCAGCCGCCAGGGAGGCGGCGGAGCGGCGAGCGGCGCGGCUCCUCCCCACCCCGAGGACUCCGGAGAAGCCAAUGCCCAGGUUGGAGAGCUGCGCCUGGAGCUGUUCCUGCACUGCCAGAGCAAGGCACAGGACCCAGCUGGGGGACACGGCGGCGGGGCUGGCCGCCAAGGUGGGCGAGAUGCUGAGCUCCUCCGUGUCCAGCCCCUCGCUGGCGCUGGUGGGUCGCGGCGCUCGCAGCCCCAGCACCUCCAGCGCCAGCAGCACCGCCAGCAGUACCAGCAGCAMCAGCAGCAGCAGCAGCACCUUGAACUGGAGUCAACACCUGGUGCAGAGGAGCGUAGUGCUCUUCGUCGUGGGUGCUUUCAUGGCCCUGGUGCUGAACUUGCUGCAGAUCCAGCGGAAUGUGACUUUGUUCCCUGACGAAGUGAUUUCCACUCUCUUCUCCUCCGCCUGGUGGGUGCCCCCGUGCUGCGGCACAGCAGCAGCCGUGGUUGGCCUGCUGUACCCCUGCAUCGACAGCCACCUCGGGGAGCCCCACAAGUUCAAGCGGGAGUGGGCCAGCGUCAUGCGCUGCAUCGCCGUGUUCGUGGGCAUCAACCACGCCAGUGCUAAACUAGAUUUUGCAAACAACAUCCAGCUGUCCCUGACUCUGGCAGCCUUAUCACUGGGGCUUUGGUGGACAUUUGAUCGGUCMAGAAGUGGUCUCGGACUUGGGAUUACAAUAGCCUUUGUAGCAACUCUGAUAACCCAGUUUCUUGUAUAUAAUGGUGUUUAUCAGUAUACAUCCCCAGAUUUCCUUUACAUCCGUUCUUGGCUUCCAUGUAUAUUUUUCUCAGGAGGUGUGACUGUAGGAAACAUAGGACGCCAGCUGGCUAUGGGUAUUCCAGAGAAACCACACAACGACUAAGUCUUUGAAGACGAAUACCCAGUGCCAGUGUGAAAGCAACAUUAUGAAGACGUGUUCCUUUCUAAAACUGAAGAUUAUUUAGAAGAAAUAAUCUCUUUAUGGGCUCACUGCACAAAUGACUCGUGGGGGAAAAAUAUUAAUCCACUCUUAGAAUAGCCAAGUGAAAUUAACUGCUUAUCUUGAAAUCUUACCCUGAUUUACCGCAUAAGCGUUUGCGUAUGGCUGUUCUCUGGAAGAGUUUGACACCGAGUGCAUACAACUGUUCAGGCUAAGUGGCAGUUUUCCAAGUGUUAGAUUCCACUGUAAGUUAUUGAAUCAGCUGCCGUGUUUCAAAGCCUUGAAACUGAAAUUUAAUUACAAGCUCUUGUAUCAGUGCCCAAAGGAAGUAGAUCGAUGGUGCUUAACAAUGAUGAAGUAUGGUUUAAUAGGAAUAGUAUUUAUCCAAAUCUUUAAAAAAUAGGGUUAUUUAAAAAUAAGAGUGAUCAAAACAGAUUAAAGGCAUCGCACUAAUGCUUUUAGGAGUCUUAUGAAGGAAUCAUGCCCUUACUUGUAAUGUUGCAUUAAGUUUCUGUCUUUGACGGUGGAGAGGGUUUGAGGGAUGAGAAGGCUGGAAGCCUUGGUUUGGAAUUUCUAAAUUACUUCAGUACGAGAGGUGAACACUGGAGACAAUCUUGUUCAAAUGUGAACCUUUAUCAAGAGAUUCCAACUGGAAAUUUCAUUACUGCUGAGGUUUGCAAGAUUUGCAAGAAUCAAGUUAUGGCCACAUUUCUAUAAGAAAUCUAAGUGUGUGGGGAUAGUUCCGCUUAAUAUUAGAAACCUGCUUCAGUGUCUCACCAAAGAACAUCUUAAGUAUCUCAAAUGUCUGGUGUCACUGAAAAAACAUGCAUUGCAUGUCAUUGCUUGGCCCUCAAGUGUGUGCCCCAAACUUUUUCGAUUUGUCAUUUCCUCCUAGAGCUGUCCUUUGAGUCAGGGUUUGGACUGAAAUGGUUAGAAAYGGAAUUGGGCCUAAAAUGUGAUUUGAACUGUAUGUGAAGAAUAGCAAACAGCUUGUUUUCUCAGUUCAGUUUCUGAAAGAGAUCACUGCUUGUUUUUAYACAACCCUAUAGAACUUGCAAUCUGUGAUUGCCUUCUUAAAAACAAAAAGUGCUUAUGUCACUACAUUAAACAUUUGGUGUUUCUUAAUACAUAGWUCUGGUGAGCACAAUGUAUUCAUUUGAUAGCUUAGACCACAGGAGACCUAAAUAGCAAGUAUUAGGUCUUAAAAGUUGAAGUGCAAUGUACAGUAAGUCUGAGCCUCAAGUUCUCUUCAAUAUCGAUCAUUUCUUAUGAGAGAUUAAAGAGAAAAGGGUUCUGAGUUCAUUUCAAUGCUGCAUGGAGUCAAAUGGAGCAAUAAUUUAUUUAACUAGUAAAGCUAGUUUUGUUGUAUCUUACAUUGAACCCAAAUUUUUAGAAAUACUCCAAUUUUGUGGUUAUGGUGUACUUGUAAACUUUUAUGGAUUUGCCUUUUUGUAUUAUGCAAUUUUUUUUGUUGUUGUUGUGUUCUUUUCCAAUCUUACAUGGCUUCAGUUAUAGUUAGAAGUAUCAGUUAAAGAUUGAACCAUCAAAAAAAGAUGUUGAGGCCAGGUAGCUCUUCUGGCUGUUUUCACUCUUCUAAGGGAGUGCUAGCUACAAAAGUUUAACACAAUGUCUAUACUACAGAACAGACCCCCAUUCUAACCUUGCUUUGGUGAAAAUCAAGAGUAAUUUCGUUGGUAUACGAUCCUUCCUCAAAUGUUCAAAACCUAAAUAAUCAAAUUUUGUAGARCUACUUGAAGAGAUCAGGACAGGUUCAGCUGUUUAAGAAGUUGCUGCCUGCUGGGGAGACAACUUUUUUAACCAUCUUGAAACCCAUUUCAAAAUGUUAUAAAACCAGAUGAAAGUAAAGCUGACAGUGAUCUCUAUGGAUAUUUGAUAGAGAAGUAUUUAAGAUUUAUUUGUAAAGACUGAAACUAAAUCUGUACCUGUUAGAAAUAAUGCAGCCAAAAAUGUAAGUCAAAAGUUCAUUUUUUGCCAAUACUUCUGAGUAUCUUAACCAAAGUGAUUUAAGUUUGGAAGAGGYGGGGAGGGGAGUGGAGAAAAUUUGCACUAUUCUGAAUUUGAACACUUAAAUUCUCAUUCUUACUGAUAAGUUUUCAGCGGUGUGUUUGGUUUUACACUUUUUUUACUAUUAAAGUUUUAAGAUCAAGCCACGUUUGCCUCGGGUUCUGUGUGCUCACAUUAUGCAGGAAUCUUUCUUGAAAAGGACAGUUGUUAUGGUUGCAUAACAAAUAUUCAGUCAUGCAUAUGCAGUGGUUUAAAAAAGAAUUCUAAACUGAACUUGGCACGAUCCAGCUUCAGCCUGGGUUGUACAGUUGAAGGAAAACAGUCCUGCCAUUGUACCAGGAAAGCAGCRUAAGCAUGUUGUGGUUUUGUGGCAUAAAGUACAGAAUCUUCCUGCCA